AUGUCUCUGGGUGUGGGCGAGAGGCUGUGUUCUAUCCUCGUUACAGCUCUGGAGCUCUCGGCCGAUGCACGUGCAAUUCUGAUGACGCUGCAGGACGACGUCACGAGAGCACAGGGCCUCGCAUCUCAUGAGAGAGCGAGCGAGAGGGUUUAUCACGGCACGGAUGGUGGCGACAGCGAGUUCUACGAUUUAGACUGCCUCUACCACCCCUCACCAGCAUUAGAGGUAAUACCAGCGCUCAUGAUAGAGUGCUCCCUCCACGGCCUCGCCUACUCAGACGAAUAUUAUUACGCGAUCCGGGAGGUGGAAGCGUUGUGCGAGGGGCUUCUUACGGCCAUCGUCAUGAGCCCUCCCACACGACACCCCCUGAGCGUCCUGCUGUUUGCUGAGGACGGCCGGGAUCUCGGGGGUGUACUCGUGAACGAGCUGCUGGUACCCAACGGCUAUCACCGCUACGACGACGGGUUCAUCGACGUUGUCGAUGCCCCGGCCAGUGCCGAAGAACAGAUCGUUGAUGAUUUUGGUACUUUGUUUCCCAGCCAAACAACGGACAUUGGCGCCUACUGGAAAGCUCUCCGAGUAGCGUUUCAAAAAUUUUUGGUCACAAGGAACAUUGUGGGCGAAAAAGCCGACCACCUUUUUUAUUGUUUGGGUAAAACCACCGAUGAAGGGAAGGACGUUGCUAUUUUUAUGCUUCUCCCUUGGGGUAUGAAAGCACCAAAAUUGAGAAUUGGCGAACGUCCUCUUACGAUUUCCUCAAACAAACGUCGGAAGCAAAAAACGGAGGAAGAAAAAGCCGAGAAGCAAAGAAUUCGUCAAACGUUUAUAGUCCACCUCGAGUCCCUGGAACAACUUGAGGAGUUCAUAAAUGAUAGAAUUACCGAAUACGCGGUCACAAAUCGAACGUUGACUCCAGUGUCAAUUAUUAUUGGCAGCAAGACAUUUGCUGAAACCUCGUUCUGGACGGUCGUAGGAAAGGCUCGAUACCCAUCAAAUACACUCGUCGAAGCUGUGGCCCUAUGCGUGAAAAUCUUUUUUGCUUUUAAAUUAUCUUAUCCUGGGGAAACGCAGCCCCUAUGGUUGCUACUGCAAAAAUCCCUCCUCGAAAUUUCCAUGAAAGGAGAAAAAGUGUCCAUAUCACUCAACAAAGUUAUAGGCUUUUUGGAGCUGGCGGCCAACGUUAAGAUAGUGUAGCAAUUAGUAUAACAGUCAAAUUUUACCUCUUAUUUACGGGCUAUUAAAGUUAAAUUGAAAAGUAAACUGACAGCAAUUGUAAUUUUAAUAGUCAUGACAAUGGAUCCAAACCAAUUUUCAGAUUCGUUCAAGUUUUAUGCUUCGAAAAUAGUCGCUGAAUUAUACAGCAUCCCCGAUUUACCUCGAUUUCGCGUUCAAGAAGUAAUACAUUGCUUCAACAAUUUUCUUCAGCAAAGUUUUAUCACUGCGUUUUUUGAACAAGUGAUUUAACGGUUCCAAGCUCUUGGUGAAAUGCCGAAUAAUUUUGCUGCUAUUAAAGCAAUUACGGAGAUGAUUCAAAAACCAUCCGAAGAUUUCAAAAAUGAAUUUCAAUGUUUACAGCACUUUGAAAAAAUCGGUACUUAUAUUCCUCCCCAAGAAAUCGUCGUGAAAGAAAUCAAAGAACACAUACCAGCUCACCCUAAGGUUGUAAACCCAAACAAAGUUGUAAAGAUACAAUUAAUCCCUUUGCGACGUACUUUAAAACAGUUUUUCGAAUUGCCUGGCAUCUUCGAUAGUGUCAUGUCGUAUAUUUCUGAGGUCAAACAAUAUAAAUCAUUUAUAUUUAGCCUUAUUCAAAUGGAAUUCUGGAAAUUGAUUGAAAAAUCUCAUGAAGGCCAAAUUGUUCUCCCAUUGCUCUUUUACCAGCAUGAUGUGGAAACAAAUAAUCCACUGAGCAGCCAUAGAGGCAUUGGAAAAAUAGGCUUUGUCUACAUAAUCGUUCCAUGUUUACCUCCCAACUUACAAUCGAAAACGGAGAAUAUAUUUCUCCUUGAAUUAUAUCAAUCUCAAGAUGCCAAUGUUGUCCCACUGUCAUUUAUUUUGGCAAAAGCUGUCGAAGAAAUACGUUUUCUAGAACGUAAAGGAAUUAUCGUUUCUACUACUUCGGGUGAACGUAAAAUAUAUUUCCAACUAGUUGGUGUUAUUGGGGAUAAUUUAGCAGUUCAUACUGUGUUGGGUUUCUCAAAAAGUUUUUUUUCAAAUUUUCCAUGUCGGUUUUGCUUGACGAAUAAAAAGCAGCUGAGUCAAAUUUACAAUGCGUCAUCGUGUAUCAUGCGAACGAACGAAACUAUGGAUCAACAUAUUCUUGACAGUACACCAAGCACGAGCGGUAUACUAGGGCCAUCGAUUGUUGACAGUACAUCAUUAUCAACACUCGAACUUGUAACCGUCGAUUGGAUGCACGACUUAUUGGAAGGUGUAAACGAAUAUGAUUUAGGGUUGAUUCUACAUCAUUUCAUUGUAGAAGAGCACUUUUUUACUUGUGACGAUCUGAAUGGUAGAAUUGCAUCGUUUGAUUAUGGUGAUAAGGAGUCGCGAAACAAACCCACAGAAAUAAAAAUUACCAGUAUUUUGAAGAAACAUAUCAAGAUGUCGGCGGCGGAAGCGCUAUGUUUUUUACGCAAUAUUGGUAUUUUGAUCGGCGAAUGGAUUCCUGAAGGCAAUCACUACUGGAAAGUUAUCAU